AUGGAAUACUUGAAUGUUUUAGAAAAAGGAAAGAAUAAGAAGAAAAAAAAAAAAUCACGAAGUUCUUAUAAAAACAAUGAGAAAAAAAACAAAGAUAAAAAUACAAUUUGUGAAAAAGAAUUUGAACAAUCAUACAAGGAACAAAUAGAAGAAAUCGUGGCACUUAAUCAUAUUUAUUUUCCAAUAUAUGUGGAAAAUCCUGGGCAUAUAAAAAAAUAUGACAUACCAAAAGAUUUAAUGAGUAGUGAUAUUUUUUUAAAAAAUAGUAAAGAGUUGCAAUCUGUUGUUGUUAUUGAUAUGAAUGACGAAAUAGACACAGAUAGAUGCUUUAAGUUUUGUAUAUUUUUUAAUUUUGAUAAUGAUUUUCCAAACUAUAAAGUAACAUUUUGUUAUGAUAAUAAAUAUCCGUAUUCAUUUCCCAACAUAAAUAUAUGUAUAAAUAGAAUAUUAGGAGAACAGGAAAUAAAUUUCAUAAUUUUAAGCAUAAAAAAAAUAUGUGCAAAAAAUUAUGGUAGAAUUAUGUUAUUUGAUGUUUGCAUAUUUUUAAAUGAGCAUAUAAAUAAAGUAUAUAAUGAUGGGUUUAAAAAUUUAUGGGAAGAAAUGAAACAUAGGGAAUAUGAUAUUGACAAAGAAGGAAAAAAGAAAGGAAAUUAUAAUUAUGAAAAAAAAGAAAAAAGUUGUGAAAACCAUAUUGACAAUAAUGAAAAUAAGAAUAACAGUGAAAAUGGUAGCAAUAAUUAUGAUGAGGAAGAAAUAUUUGAGACUAGCGAUGAAUGGGAUAGGACAGGUAUUGUAAAAGAAAAUAUGAACAUGUCAGGUAAUGAGGACGAAAUAACUAAAUCAAUAAAAAAUAAUAAUAUUAAUAAAAAAUAUCCUAUAAAUAAAUAUAAUAAUAAUAAUAAUAAUAAUAAUAAUAAUAAUAAUAAUAAUAAUAAUAAUAAUAAUAAUAAUAAUAAUAAUAAUAAUAAUAAUAAUGAUAAUAAAAAUUAUUUAGAACAAGAUGAAAAUAGAAAUAAUGCAUUAUAUGGAUCAUAUGAAUAUUUUAUAAAUAUGUCUGAUGUAAAUAACUUGUCUGGAUUUUCGUUUAUUAAUAGUUGCACACUAAAUAAAAAUAUAAAAAUUAGUAAAAAAAAAAAAAAUAAAGAAAAGGUAAAUAAUAUUGUAACAGUAGAAGAUGAAUUAAUUCAAAAAUAUGAUCUUGAAAUUUUCGAAAAAAAAAGAAUGGUAAAAUGUGAAUAUAAUAAUAUAAAAAAUUUUAAUAUUAUUAAAAAAAUACCUAUAUGUUAUUAUAAAAACAUGCUUAUAGCUAAACAUAUUAUUGACACAAACAUAUAUAUAAUACACACAUAUACAAUUUUAAAUGAAAUUCAAUUUUUAGCAUUUUAUCUAAAUCACAUAUUAUUCUGUAAUAGAGGUUUUAAUUUGUUUUCUAAUAUCUUAAAUGGCGAAACUGAAAAUCAGAAAAAAAAUCAGCAACGAAAAAAAUGUAAAAAAAAUGAAAAAAUGUUUAGAGGAUUUUUAUAUGAUCUUGGCAUAAUAAGAAAUGUAGCUAGUAAUGAAGAGGAAGAAAAUUCUAAUGCUGAAACUAUUGACAAUAUUUAUAAUGUUGGUAGGAAUGAUUUAUUUAAUAAAAACUUACGAAAUACUAAAACUCAAAAUAACCAGUUUAACAAUAAUGAAAAUAAAAAUGAGCCAAAAGGCCCACCUGAAAUUUUAUAUACCGAAAUACACACAAAAGGAUAUGACAAUUUAUAUAACUAUAAUAAAAAUAAAAAAAAAAAUAAUAAAAUAAUUGAUUACAGUUGUGUAAAUUAUUUUUGUAGCGAAUAUCAAUUUUAUGCAAAUAAAAUGUGUGUUGUUAAUAGACAAAACGAAAAAACGCUAUAUAGCAUUUUAAAAAAAUUAAAUAUUUCUCGCUUAAAAGAAAUUAUUAAUCACUAUAAAAUGGUUCAAAAGAUGAAUUUGAAAAAAAUAAUUACUGAAUUAGCUAAAUUAUCAAAAAUACAACAUAAAUAUUUAUUUCGAUAUCAUAUUUCAUGGUUAGAAAAAGAGUAUGUUCAAUUGAAUGGCAAAAUAACGCAACAAACCAAUGUCCCCAAAAUAAUUGAUUUUAUGGCAGAUUUUGUUUUAGCAGCAGUUGGUGAGUUUUCUGAUGUGUGCGAAAAAGAAAACGCAUUUACGAGUCACAAGAAAUGUAUAUCAAAUAAGACUGAGGAAAACUGUGGAGAAAAAAAGAACAUUAAUAUAGAGAGUGUAGUAAAUGACAAAAGUUCAUGUGGAAAUAUUUCUUCUACAAACAUAAAAGAUAAAAGUAAAAAAGAACAACAAAAUAAAAAUAUGUUAAUUUUAAGAGAAAAUAGAGAACGGAACGAAACAGAUACUACUAAUAAUAACAAUAGUAAUAAUGGUGAUAAUAAAAAGGGAAGUAGUAGUGAGUAUAUAAACCCAGAAAUAAAUAACUUGGAUAAAAUAAAAUAUAUAGAAGAUCUGAUAAGUAAAAAAGAUAAAAAUAUAUAUAAAGUUUUAUAUGUUCAAUGUGAAUACUGUAAAGGACAAUUAUUAGAAAAAGAGAUUGAAAAUAACUUGUUUCAAAACAAUAAAUAUCUUAUAUGGAACAUUUUUCGACAAAUUUUAGAAGCCAUAAAUUAUUUGCACAAGGAAAAAAUAUAUAUUAAAAAUUUAAACACAAAGAAUAUGUACAUAGAUAAUGAUGAAUAUGGAUCCCACAUAAAAAUUAUAAAUUACAGUGUAUCAAAUAUUAUCGAUUAUAUUUAUUUUUAUUACUAUUCUUAUAUUGAAAACCCUGAUUAUUUCAAUAACAUUUUUUGUGAAUUUAGAAAAUAUAGCUAUGAUAACUUCAGUUUUGAAUCACUUUUUAAUUAUAUGAAAAAGAUAAAAAAUGAAAAUACUGUGUUAAAUGAUAGUAGUAAUAAUAUUAGUAAAAAAAGUAUAGAUUGUGAAAAAUCUGAAAAAAACGAUUUUUAUAUUCAUUCUUAUAAUCAAUAUUUUUAUAAUUUUUUAAACAAAAAAAAUCCAAAUUUUGAAGAGUUAGAUAUAUUUUCACUAGGUUUAAUAUUAUAUGAAUUAUGGCAUCCACCUUUUAAGACAAUAGAAGAUAAAUUUCAUAAUAUAAAAAAUAUGAUUGAAAAAAGGCAAUUUUCAGAUCAGUUUAUUAAAAAUAUAAAUAAUGAUGCACUCAAAGUUUUAAAAUUUAUUUUAAUUAAUACAAUAAAUUAUGAAAAUCAUGAAACAAUUAGGAGUCUAGAAUAUCCACAAAUUUUAUCUUUAAAUAUGAAUACUUACAAAAAGGAUAGACAAGGAAAAGGAAUUUCAAAAACUAAAAGUUUAAGAAAACAUAUAUUAUCACAACCAAAUUAUUUUAUUGACAAUAAAAAUGAUAGCAAAAAGGAAGGCAAGUUAAAAGACAAUUUAAAUCUAAUUGAUAAUUUGUAUUCCAUUCAAAAUUAUGGUGAUAUUUUUGAUAAUAAAAAUAAUAUCGACAUGCCAAAUGGAAAAGAAAUCAUUGAAAAAAGUUAUAAUUUAUCAUAUAAAAUGGAAAAAAACAAAAAUGGGAAUAUUAUAGGAAAUGGUGAAAAUAUAGAAAAAAUAACAGCGGAAAAACUUUUACACUCUCCUUUAAUACCUAUGGUAAUUCAAAGGGAUUUAUUUAAAUAUUUUUUGGAAAAAUUGAAAAAUAAUUCUUCUAUUGAAUGCAAUAAUGUUAUAAACAGUCUAUUAUAUAACACUAACAAUUGUAAUAAUAAAAAUAGUAACAUGAUUAAUCAUAUAUUUAGUAAAAAAUAUGCGUUUGAAACAAAUAAAAAUUCACACAUUUACACAAAUACAAGGGCUUAUGAAUAUGAUAUUAUCAAUAGUUAUAUUUUUGAAUAUUUUAAUGACUCUUUAUCUAAAAAAUUUUGCACAUAUAAUCAGCCAUUAGUUUUUCAGCGUAUUAUAAAAAAAGAAAAUCCAAAUUUUGAUCAUAUUAUAAAAAAAAUCGAAUUAAAAAAUGGAAAAAAAUCAUAUAUAUAUACAAAAAAACAAGGAAAAUAUGGGAAUAAAAUAACUUAUAAUAAUUGUGAAAAAAACAAAAUUAAGAAAAAAAUAUAUGAUAGUUUUGAUUCUAUAUCAAAAAAAAAAAAAAAAAAAAAAAAUGAAUAUAUUAGCUAUUCAUUUGAUGAACAUAGAUCGAUAAAUAAUGUUGUUUUAAAAACAAAAGAUAUUAAACGAAUAAGCAAAAAUGGAAAGAAAAAUUUUGUAGAUACUGAUCAGGAAAAUGAAGGGAAUGUUCAUUGUAAUUCCUUUAUAACUGAAACGAAGAAAAAUGAAAAUUAUUCUAAUAAAAUAAUUUAUGAUAUUUCAAACAGAUUUAACAACAAACUUGAACUAAUAGAUAAAAAUAAUAAAUUAUUAUAUAUCCCAACAUAUUUAUUAGAAGGUCACAUAACCACUUUUUAUAAUUUUCCCAAUAAUAAAAAUUUUAUUAGUUCUUUUAUUUUUUUUCAAAACUAUUUUAUUCAAAAUAAUAAACAAAAAAUAGCAAAAAGAGAAAAUAGUAUAUUAUACACCAAUAUGAUAGUAUAUAAUGGAAAUAAUAUUAGAAGUAACCAGAAUGUCAAAUAUCAUGUUUUUUUUAAAGGUGCUAAAAUAAAGAAUGUGAAUCUUAAUAAUAAUAUUUAUCAAAAUAAUAAUGUAAAUUGUGGAGAUAUAUGCUCAGAAAUUAACAUAUUCUUUUGUGUAUACCAAUUAAUUAUAUUAUAUAAUGUACUUGAUAUUCUUCAACAUUUUGAGCGUUAUAUAAAUAAAAUAAUUGUAAAAUGGUCCUUUUCAAAUUUUCUUUUUAUUAUAAUUAAAGAUAUGUUUUCAAUAGAAUGUAAUGACAAAGUUUAUUAUAUAUAUACAAAACUAGAAGAAGGGAACAUGUCCUUUAAAAAUUUUAAAAAAUUAUUUUAUUUUCUUGAUAUAAAUUAUAAUGAAAAAAUAUUAAAAAUUAUGUAUUCGUUGGUACAGGCUCGAAAUAAUAGAAAUAGCCAUAAUUUAUCAAAAGACACAUUAUUAUCUAAAAUGCAAAAAAUAAAUAAAAUGUAUGAACUAAAGAAUCAUAAAAAUAAAUCAUAUAUUAAUUACCUUAUAACUAAUAUCAUUUUUUUAAAUAAUCUUUUUCAUCAUUUUAAUCAAAAUUCAAAUCAUAUUUUUAUUUGGGAUUUUUUUAUGAAUAAAUAUAAACACAUGUUUAACUUUUCUUUCGUAUUUAACAUUUUAUAUUUUAAUGAAAAUUAUGAAAAACUAUUAUCAUUGGGUGGGGUAAUAACAAAUGAGUUUGAUAAUAUAAAUACAAUAAAUACAAAAAAAUUCUAUAAUAUAUCGUUUGAGAUUUUUGUUGAUAAUAUAUCUACCAUAAUAUUUAAGAACAUUUUCAAUCCCAACAACGAAAAUCUUUUUAUCGAUUUUCAUUCCCCAAGUGUUGUAAUAACAACAAAAGCAUACAAACUAUUAGUAUAUGCCUUUUCCUUGUACAAUAGUUUAAUACAAAAUAACAUUAAGUGUGAAUGCAAAAUAUCGCCAAUUAUUGAGACAUUGAAGUUUGAGCAAAAUUUGCUAAAAUAUAAUCACAUAAAUAUGCAUGUGCAAAUAAACCAUAAAGUCAAUUCAAACCCUACUGUAUGUUCUGAUUAUUGUGAAAAUAUGUCAGAAAGCAUAACUCCAAAUAUAUCUGGGCAAAAUAACAUAAGCAUUAUAUAUAAUACUAAUAUUUUAAGAUUAAAUGUUAAAAAAAAUUUCGAAAAUGAAUCAUCAGUAAUAAAUUACAUAAAGCAGUUAUAUUCGAAACGAUAA